UGGAGCGCGCAUGCGCUCCGCGGCUCCUCCCGCGCCCCCGCCUUUUACCUCAGCGCCUGUUGCGCUUGCCGCCAUUUUGUGCCGCCGCGGCGGCUCUUUGGUUGUGUUCACGGGCGGUGCGAGCGGAACGAACGGCCCCAUGGCGGACAGCCAGCCAGCGGCUGGGCCGGGAGAACCCGCCUCUCUGUGUGCGGCUGGGCUCCCCGGUUCGGAGCCUGAAACCCGGCGGCGGCUGAGCGAGCUGCGGGUGAUCGACCUGCGCGCCGAGCUCAAGCGGCGUAGUUUGGACAGCGGCGGCAAUAAGAGCGUCCUCAUGGAGCGGCUCCGGAGGGCUAUUGAGGAGGAAGGGGGGAAUCCUGAUGAAAUUCCAGUGGUUUCAGAAAAUGUCAUGAAGAGAACUCCAAAAAGAAGCAGCAAAGGACGUAGACCUGAUGACGAGGGAGUAGAAGAUAAUGGUCUGGAAGAGGACUCAGGAGAUGGACAGGAGGAUAUGGAAACAAGUUUGGAUAACUUGCAGGAUAUCGACAUGAUGGAUAUCAGUGUGUUAGAUGAAGCUGAAAUAGAUAAUGGCAAUGCAGUAGAUUGCGGAGAGGAUUACAGUGCUGAUAAUAUUCUUGACUCACUGUCUGAUAGUAAAGAAAAUACUGAUGCAGAACUGAAAGAACUUGCAGAUCAGCCUACAGAAUAUGCUCUAGGUAACUUGGAGGCAUCCCCACAAUUUUCAGACAUUAAAGAAGAAUCAAGAGAAAUAUCAGUAGUGAUGGUGGAGGUUGAAGAUGUUGGAACCACUUUAGAUGCUGCUUCAGCUGAUUUAAUCGUAAUAAAGGAACUUGAAGUGUUACCUUUGGAGCCAGAAAAUGAGAAAAUACUCGACAUUUUGGGGGAAACUUGUAAAUCUGAGCUCCUUAACGAAGAAACUUCCGAAGCGGAGCGGGCGCAUGCACAGGAAGCCAGUAACGUGGUGCCAGGCAAGAGGCUGGCAGAGGAAGAGGACGCUCUUGGUGGCGCUCAGGUGGAGGAAGAUGCUUUAGAUUUGGACAGCAAAGCGGCCCAAGCUAUGGCAAGGAAGGAAGCAAAGCGUUUAGUUGUAGCGAAAGGGGAGACAAGUGAACAGACAAUAGAGGAAGCGAAGCCGGACUCUGACUCUUUAGUAGUAGAGAGCGUGAGCGAUCAGAGUAGCAAACGCUCCCCAGGCCUGGAAGCCUCUAGUGGGGAACCAGCGGGCAAAGGCGCAGGUCCCGAAGCCAAAGAUAGCAAAGAAGAUGCCAAGAAAGCAGAAGACAAAGCUAAUUCAGAGGAACCCCCUGCUACUAAAGAGUCCUCAGCCAGUGAGGGCGGUGAUCAGAAAAAGAGCCCUGGUGAGGAGGACAGAGAUCCAAAGAUGAUCUCAAAGGAUGAGAAAGGCCGUGGGGGCAGUGGCUCUGGCAGAAACUUGUGGGUUAGUGGUCUUUCAUCCUCUACUAGAGCUACAGACUUGAAGAAUCUGUUCAGCAAGUAUGGAAAGGUGGUUGGUGCCAAAGUGGUGACCAACGCUCGCAGCCCCGGCUCCCGCUGCUAUGGCUUUGUCACCAUGUCAACAUCUGAGGAAGCCACCAAGUGCAUUAAUCAUCUCCACAGGACAGAGCUGCAUGGCAAAAUGAUUUCUGUAGAAAGGGCAAAGAAUGAACCAGCUGGGAAGAAGCCUUCAGACAAAAAGGAAGGGGAAACAAGGAAGGAAAAAGACAGGCACCAUUCUUCAGAGCCCAAGUCUGAGAAGUCUGUUGGUGUUAAGAAGGAGGAGAAGCCUGACAAAAAAGAUGAUGCUAAGAAAGCAGAAAAAGAUGAAAAAGAAGGAAAAGAGAAAGAUGACCAAAAGGCAGGAUCCUCUGAUAGAUCCAGGGCAAGCAAGUCAGCGAGUCGAGGAACCGAGAGGACAGUGGUGAUGGAUAAAUCAAAGGGAGAACCAGUUAUUAGUGUGAAAACGUCCACAUCAAAAGAGAGGAGUACAAAGAGCCAGGAUCGCAAAUCCGAGAGCAAGGAAAAACAAGAUAUUUUAUCCUUUGAUAAAAUCAAAGAGCAGCGAGAGCGGGAGCGGCAGCGACAGCGGGAGCGGGAGAUCCGGGAGACGGAAAGGCGCCGAGAGCGAGAGCGGCGGGAUCGGGAGCAGCGGCUUCAAGCUAUUCACGAGCGGGACGAGAGGCAGCGGCUGCAGAGGGAGCGGGAGCGGCUGGAAUUCCAGAGGCAGCGGCUUGACAGAGAGCGCCUGGAGAGGGAGAGGUUGGAGAGGGAAAGAAUGCACAUAGAGCAGGAGAGGAGGCGAGAGCAGGAGCGGAUCCAGCGGGAGCGGGAAGAGCUGCGGCGUCAGCAGGAACAGCUCCGCUAUGAACAGGAGCGGAGAUCUGCCUUGCGGAGGCCUUACGAUCCUGAUGGCAGGCGGGAUGACCCGUACUGGCCCGAGGCGAAGCGGAUGGCGCUGGACGAUCGGUACCAUUCUGAGUUCAGCCGCCAGGAUCGCUUCCAUGACUUCGACCACAGGGAUCGUGGCCGGUACCAGGAUCAUUGUUUGGACAGAAGAGACGGUUCGAGGGGGAUACCGGAUCGUGAUGGGCAGCACUACCCGGAGGAGCGGCAUGGAGGGCCCGAGCGGCAUUCCCGGGAUAGCUGGGGUGGCUACGGCUCCGACCGGAGGAUGAAUGAAGGGAGAGGGAUCCCCCCCCCAACCCGAGCUGGCCGUGGCUGGGGAGAUGAUGGCCCAAGGUUAGAGGGGCACCGAGAUCGUUCAUGGCAGGGCAGUGUGGCUGGAGGAGUGAUGGGACGGGAUCGUGAGCAAGGUGGUGAUAGAAGCAUGCCUGGUCAGUCAGGACCAGGCCAUGUGGUGAAUCGAGGAGGGCUGUCAGGGCGCGGAGGCUUCACCCAGGUUGGGAACCAGAGCCAAGUCCUGCCCAGCACCGGGAUCCAGGGAGUGUUUGUGGGACAGGAGCGGCUGCCCCGGCCCCCGGAGCCACGCUUCACCCGCCGCUACUGAGAGCCCCCAUCUGCCCCUACAGAGCUCAAUCUCUAUUUUUCUUUAAUUGACAACGAGUUGUGACUUUUAUGCCCCUUGACUUUGCCAGGAGAGCAGGAGGCUGCUGCUGCCUCGUAGCCAAAUGGUAACUUUGCGUCAGUUUGGUUUUAUUCUUUUCUUUUUGUAAUAAACGUCUUCUUGGUCAAACAUCCCCUCACGUUUCCGGUAGUUGAAACAUUCCAUUUUGCAGUAACAAUAAACUCCGUUUUGGCUGCUC